AUUUGAUAAACAAAAUGGAAUCCAAACAGGAAAAUAUCACCGGUGUCACAUAUCCUGUUGACCGCCCUGAUGAAGACUGUGUUGAUCUGUAUUUUAAGUCAGAGGAGAAAUUGUCAUGGGGCAAUGGUUUAAACAAGACUUUCACACUACCACAUGGAGUAAAGGUGGACGUCUGUCAUGAUAAUAUAGCCAGCCUCUCACUUUUCAGUGAUGAUCUUGCCCAUUCAGUUUUUGCCCUGCAUUUGCCUGGAGAUGAAACUCAAGUGGUUGCCAUAUACCUGCACAAAGAGUGGUGGUCUGUACAAGAUGUGAUGAAGACAUCCUGCAAAUCCAGAUGUGGACUUGUAGUGGUGAGUUCAAUCGUGGAGAGAAUCAUUUUGUUUGUCAUGAGUCAGAUCAUUUUUGGGAUUUUGGAAAGAACUCUGGAUGAAGAAAUACAUUUCUCACCCCAUGCUUUGGAGGAAUUUGGCAAAAUCUUCUGGCAGGAUGGAGAAGCUGUUGGGUUUUAUACCAUGAAGAAAAAAGGCACCUUGUGCAGUAGAUGUAGUGGGCAAAGCUACUUGCUUCCCGUGCUGGACACUUUGUUUGUUCGGACACCCUGGAGGAGGAAGGGGCUUGCUCUACAGAUGCUGGAGGAUUUCUGCUCUUCAUUCCCUCAAGAGGAAGUACUGGGUGUCAGCUAUCCCAUUUCUGCCCGAAUGUACAAAGUGUGUCAAAAGUUCUUGGAGAUCAACGAGGAGGAAAGGGACCGCCUGUACGAAGUGGAGAGCCCUGGAGACUGGGGUCAAAGGCGCAAUGUGUGGCUAGGCCUCCAGCUCCGUCGGCUUUCAAAGAACAGGCAGAGUCCACAAAGAAUUACCACGGACAAGACACAUGGAGACAACUACAAAGAGGGGAAAGUUCCUUCUCUUUUACCUGACAGCGUCAGCAUAUCAAAAGCUCAUACCCCAGGGAAACAUUUUGAAAUGGGUGUCUCACCUACUGGUCCUGUGGCAACACCUGACAACAACCAAAAGAAUUCUGUGAGGAGGCGAGCAGCUGACCCCACAGAGGAGUGUGAGAACACCAAACAAAGAAGGACGCUUUAAAGAAAGCCGUGUUGAUGUUUGGAGAAGUCCCUCUCUGGCUCCGUCAGUUGAAAGCUAUUUAAGAGGCCUUGCGUAGGCCUAUUAAUUGUCCUGAGACAAUAACAUAACUAAUGAAUAUGUGUGUGUGUGUGUGUGUGUGUGUGUGUGUGUGUGUGUGUGUGUGUGUGUGUGUGUGUGUGUGUGUGUGUGUGUGUGUGUGUGUGUGUUCUGUGUGGACAGAAAAGAAUACUAAAAGGUGCUCGGAAUGUUUGACCAUGUCUCUCACCAUGUAGAGUUCAGCAUCUCUUCCACUAGAUCCUGUCCAUUUUGUUGUUGUUUUUACCGUAUUAUUAUUAUUAUCAUCAUUAUUAUUAUUAUCAUUAUUAUUAUUUAUAUUGUGUUUUACAGGAACCAAAGUAAACCAGAAUUAGCCAAAUGUUAUUUAAGGACCAAAAAUGCACAUAUCACAGGCUUCAUCAAUUGAAAUGGUGAAACUUAAUUAAAUGAUCUGUAAAGUG